AUGGCUGACGUUCCCCCGCCCACCCCAUCCGAGCUUUUGAGGAUGGUGACCGAGCUUCAACAGGCGAACCAACGAAUGGCGGAGGACAAUCAGAGAAUGCAAAACCAAAUUGCACAAUUAGUACAAGCCCGCUUGGAACAUCAUGAUAAUAAUCACGAGAAUAACAAACGAACUCAUGUUUCCGAGACACCGCAAACUAACAAUGAAGGAGAUCAUCGCGAUGAAGAGGCUCAGCCUGAUAAUGAGGAUGAACAACCUGAUAAUUCAGCGGGACCAUUCACGGCAGAUAUAAUGAACUUCCAACUUCCCAGACAAUUCACCCUUCCGUCAACCCUAACCCCAUAUGAUGGAUUGGGCGAUCCGAAGCAGCAUGUCAAGAAAUUCCGAUCUAUCAUGAUUGUUAACGGUGCAUCUGAUCCAAUUCUUUGUCGAUGUUUUCCAUCUUUUUUAGACGGUCCUGCGCUUGACUGGUUUUGUUCUUUGCCUGCAGAUUCGAUAUCUCGUUUUCAGGAGUUAGCUGCCCAAUUCGAAGAUCAUUUUGCACCAUCCGCAAUAUACCUCCAUGACUCCGACUAUUUGACGACUAUUAAACAGGGACCACAAGAAAGCCUGAAGGAUUACAUCACCCGCUUUACGAAGAUAGCCAUGAGGAUUCCGAAUCUUCACCCAGAAGUUCAUCUCCACGCCAUUAAAAGCGGCCUUCGCCCCGGUAAAUUUCAGGAAACUAUCACUGUAACAAAGCCCAAAACUUUAGCCGAGUUUCGCGAAAAGGCCAAAGGUCAGAUCGAUGUUGAAGAACUCAGGCUGGCGAGGAGAACAGAAAAAUCAGCCACAAACAAGGACGAUGAUAAAAACCGAGACAGCAAAAAACCAUUCAAGCCGGUCCCUCGUUAUGACUCAUACACUCAGUUCAACACGAAAAGGGAUGAUAUUAUCAAGGAGAUUCUCAAUUCUAAACUAAUAAAGCCUCCUCGCAAAGCCGGCAAUUAUCCAGAGACAAAAGGCCUCGACAAAUCCAAGUACUGCACUUUUCAUCAAAAGCACGGACACACAACUGACGAAUGCAUCAUUGCUAAAGAUCUCCUCGAACGACUAGCAAGGCAGGGGCACCUCGACAAAUUUAUUUCAGGGCAUAUCCAGAAGAGCACUAUUCCCGCCCCUGACACGUCAACAGCGGGCACAUCCUCCAAAGGGAAGGAAAAAGCACCGGCCCAACCUAGAGGGGUAAUAAACUGCAUUUCAGGGGGCUACGCAGGAGGCGGCCACACAAGCUCGGCCCGAAAACGCACGUACCGAACCAUGUUGGCAGUAACAGAUGGCCCAAACAACCCUCAGCCAUUGACGAACGUCCCGGAAGUGACUUUUCGACCGGCCGACUUUAACGGUGUCAAUAGCAACCUAGAUGAUCCAGUCGUUAUCUCCAUCCAGUUGGGAGACCUGAUAGUAAGGAAGGUUUUACUCGACCCAGGAAGCAGUGCAGACGUCUUAUUCUACACGACCUUCGAAAAAAUGAAGCUGAGCAAUAAUAUACUACAGCCAUACCUGGGAGACCUGGUCGGAUUUUCCGGAGAACGAGUUCCUGUACUGGGAUCAGUGUGGUUACAAACCACACUUGGUGAGCAGCCAUUACAUAAGACACAGGAUAUUCAGUAUCUUGUAGUCGAUUGUUUUAGCCCUUAUAAUGUCAUUCUGGGCAGACCUUUUUUAAAUAAAUUUGCUGCAAUCGUAUCUACUAUUCACCUUUGUGUCAAGUUUCCUGUGCAGGACAAUCUUAUAGCUACGAUUCACGGCGACCUCCAGGAAGCUCGCCAAUGCUAUAAUAUGAGCUUAAAGCCACUCAAAAAAAUCGGACGAUCACAAGUCAAUUCCAUUAAGUCAGAGCCGAUAACAUCAGCCGAGUUAGACCCCCGAGCUGACUUUGAAGAUCGGCCUAUGCCAAACGAAGAGUUGACAAAGAUAACUCUAGGUAACGAUCCGAUGAAGUUCACUUUUGUCGGCACUUCCAUGAGUUCAGAAGACAAGAAAAGCCUUGAAAAUUUCCUACGAGAAAAUGCCGACCUAUUUGCAUGGACGUCUGCCGACAUGCUAGGAAUAGAUCCGUCUGUUAUAACACACAAAUUGGCAUUAGAUCCAGCAGCCCGGCCGAUCUCCCAGAAAAAAAGAAACCUCGGCACCGAAAAGCGAGAAGCGUCAGUUGCCGAGGUAAAGAAACUAAUAGAUGCCAACUUCAUCAGGGAAAUCAGAUUCACAACAUGGCUGACCAAUGUGGUUAUGGUAAGAAAAAAUAAUGGUAAGUGGCGCAUGUGCGUCGAUUUUACUGAUUUAAAUAGAGCAUGUCCCAAGGAUGCUUACCCUUUACCUUGUAUUGAUACUCUGGUUGAUAACUCUUGUGGUUACGGCACUUUAAGUUUUAUGGAUGCAUAUUCUGGUUAUAACCAGAUCCUUAUGCACCCGAAAGAUCAAGAAAAAACGGCUUUCAUAACCGAGAAUGGUAAUUACUGCUAUAACGUUAUGCCUUUUGGUUUAAAGAAUGCAGGGGCGACAUAUCAACGGUUAAUGAAUAAGAUCUUCGAGCAGCAAAUAGGUCGAAACAUAGAGGUUUAUGUUGACGACAUGGUCGCCAAAACCAAACUCGGAGACUCUCACAUCCAAGACCUGGCCGAAAUAUUCGGCCAAAUACGGCGAUACAAUAUGAGGUUAAAUCCAGAGAAGUGCGCCUUCGGAGUUCGGGAAGGGAAAUUCCUCGGAUUCAUCCUCACUAGCCGAGGAAUUGAAGCAAAUCCAGAAAAGUGUCGCGCAAUACUUGACAUGCACACUCCAUCCACAAUUAAGGAAGUUCAAAGGCUAACAGGACGAUUAGCCGCUUUAUCUAGAUUUUUACCAUGUUUGGCACCUAAAUCUUCGAACUUUUUCCAGUGUUUAAAAAAGAACGCAAAACAUUUUGAAUGGAAUCAAGAUUGUGAAAUAGCUUUCAAGGGCUUAAAAGAAUUUCUUUCAAAACCCCCUAUCCUACAAAAACCAAAGCAUGGUGAGCCAUUAUAUAUAUAUUUGUCUAUUACUGAUGUUGCCAUUAGCUCUGCUCUUGUAACAGAAACAGAUAAGAAGCAACAGCCAGUCUACUUUGUGAGCAAGACCUUACAGAAUGCCGAGCUUCGUUAUCCAAAGUUGGAAAAGCUCGCCUUAGCUUUAGUAUUCUCAUCAAGACGCCUCCGAUCAUAUUUCCAGAGCCACACGAUCAUCGUCAGAACUGAACAGCCUUUACGGCAGGUUCUUUCAAAGCCCGAGCUGGCAGGAAGGCUAAUCAAAUGGGCUAUUGAGUUGUCAGAAUUUGACAUUCAGUACCAGCCGAGAGGGUCGAUCAAGUCCCAAUACUUAGUCGACUUUGUUGCUGAGCUCACCGAACCAAGCUCCGACGUGUCAAGUUCGAGGUGGACCUUGUUUGUAGACGGAGCUUCCAACCCUCAAGGUGCUGGCGCUGGAAUACUACUCGAAAGCUCGGAUGGCAUAGUUCUCGAGCAUUCCCUCAGAUUCUCAUUCAAGGCCAGCAAUAACCAAUCUGAAUACGAGGCCCUCAUAGCAGGACUCAGGUUAGCCACGGAUUUACAUAUCGCUAAUUUAAAAGUUUACUGCGAUUCAUUGUUAGUAGUUCAACAAGUAAACCACAGUUUUCAAACAAAGGACCCGAUCUUAUUGAAAUACCUAGAUAUUGUCCAACAACUACUCAAAAAUUUUUCAAAAAUCGACAUUACUCACAUACCUAGAGAGCAGAACCACAGGGCAGAUAUUUUGUCAAAAUUAGCAACCACACAAGCGCACACCGCCACUCUUUUACAGUCAACUCUAGAUAGGCCAAGCAUCGAUGCAUUCACUGUUUUAAGCAUAACUCAUAAUGAUAAUUGGCAACACCCUUAUAUCCAAUAUCUUCGUUCUGGUCUCAUUCCAGAGGAGGUCGAAAAUAAAAACAAGUUCAGAAGGCAGGCCUCCUAUUAUACAUUGUUAAAUGAUAAUCUUUAUAGGCGAGGAUUCUCUCGACCUUUGUUAAAAUGUUUGAACAGGGUAGACGCCGACCUUGUCUUAUCCGAGGCCCACGAGGGCAUCUGUGGAAUACACUCUGGAGCUCGAAGCCUAUCACAGAAAAUUCUUCGAGCAGGUUUUUAUUGGCCGACGAUCCAGGAGGAUAGCAAACGCAAAGUACGAACCUGCGAUAAUUGUCAGAAGCAUGCGCCGAUCAUUCACCUACCAGCAGAGCAUCUUCAUCAUUCGACGGUGAGCUGGCCAUUUGAUAAAUGGGGAAUUGAUAUUCUAGGUCCAUUCCCCACUGCUCCAAGACAGGUAAAAUAUUUGGUAGUUGCGAUUGAUUAUUUUUCCAAAUGGAUAGAAGCGCAACCUUUGGCAAAAAUCACAUCGGCACAAAUGAUAAACUUCGUUUGGAAAAGCAUAAUCUGCAAAUUUGGUAUACCUAGCCACAUUACAACUGACAAUGGUCGUCAGUUUAUCGACCAAAGUUUUAAGAAUUUUUUGCAGAAUCUGAAAAUAAAACAACACUUCUCCUCUGUCGAACAUCCGCAAUCCAACGGGUUAGCAGAAGCCGCCAAUAAGGUCGUCCUCCAGGCUUUACGCAAAAAGCUUGACACUGCAAAAGGCCUAUGGGCUGAGCUCGUCCCAGAAGUAUUAUGGGCGUAUAAUACUACAGCUCAUUCGGCAACAAAGGAAACCCCAUUCCGUUUGGUCUAUGGGUCCGAAGCUAUGAUUCCUAUGGAAGUAUCACAAGGCUCGAUGCGGACAUUAGCAGAAGAACAUAAUCAAGCUAGGCAAGCCGAGCUUGACUUAAUCGAAGAAGUCCGAGAAACAGCAGCAAUUAGACACCAAGCAUUACAGCAACAACUUAGCCGACGAUAUGGGCAGAAGGUGAAUCAAAGAUCCUUCAGUAAGGAUGAUUUAGUACUCAGGAAGACAGAGCAAGCUCGCCGACCUCCCUCCCAUGGAAAACUCGCAGCAACAUGGGACGGCCCAUACAGAAUAUAUGAAGUUCUCGGGAGAGGAGCAUACAAGUUAGAAGAAUUAGAUGGCACCAAGCUCCCCAAUACAUGGAACGUCAGCUCCCUGAAGCGAUAUUACAGCUAA